GUCUGAAAUUAAAAUAAUGAUCUCGUGCAGCACACUUGGCAUAUUUUAACAAUACAGAAGUCAUAUACCAUAUGAUCGGAAAUGAAGAUUUAGAAGCAGCAGCAAAUGGAAGGUGGGAAAAUGGAAGCAGAGCUGUUUGUGAUAGCAGCAAAGAUCAUAUUGACAGUUUUGGUGGGUGGGUUUCUGUUCUUGUUCUUUUAUCUCUAUGAACUACUGAUAUUAAGGCCAGAAGGUCUAAGAUCAAAGCUCCAAAUUCAAGGAAUUAAAGGGCCUCCUCCUUCAUUUCUCUUGGGGAAUGUCCUUGCAUUGAAGCGCCUUCAGAACAAGGUCCAGUCAACAGCAACAAAGACUACAGAUCCUCAGGAUGAGGUUCAUCAUGAAGCUUCUAUUUGUCAUCAAUGGCCUUCAAGGAUCUUCCCCCACAUAGAGGAAUGGAGAAAUGAAUAUGGGCCAACAUUUAUGUAUGCACUUGCCCACAUGCAACAAUUAUGUAUAACAGAUGUAGAGCUAUUGAAGGAACUUGGGCUUUGCACAUCGUUAAUCUUAGGGACACCUUCCAUAACGUCCAAGAUUCUUGGCCCUCUACUCGGAAAGGGUCUUUUAUCAUCGAAUGGCUUAAUGUGGGCUCAUCAAAGGAAAACUAUAGCUCCUGAACUGUACCAUGCUAAGGUCAAGGGUAUGAUGGACCUAAUAGUGGAGUCUACAACCUCAAUGCUAAAAACUUGGGAAAGUGAAAUCCAAACUCAGGGCGGAACUGCAGAAAUUAGAGUUGAUGAGAAUUUGAGAAAAAUAUCCGGAGAUAUAAUUGCAAGAGCUUGUUUCCAGAGCAAUUAUAGUGAAGGAAAAGAAAUAUUCUCAAGACUUAGGACUCUACAAAAGAUUUUGUCAAAGGGUAUCAUGGGGGUAGAAGGCUUAAUCAGAUGGUUGCCAACAAACGAAAAUAGAGAGAUAUGGAGAUUAGAGAAGGAAAUUGAGUCAAUGAUAUUGAAGGUGGUAAAACAGCGCAGUGAAGUUUCACAUGAGAAAGAUUUGCUGCAAAUGAUUCUUCAGGGUGCCGAAACUUUGGGUGAAAAUGGCCUAUCACAUAAGAAAUUCAUCAUUGAUAAUUGCAAGACCAUAUUCAUUGCUGCGUAUGAGACCACUGCCGUUGCAGCAUCAUGGAGCUUGAUGCUACUAGCUGUACAUGCAGAUUGGCAAGCUCGUGUUCGUGCAGAAGUGCUCGAAAUCUGCGGGGAUAAACCUCUACAUGCAGAUAUGCUUCCAAGCAUGAAAGUGCUCACAAUGGUGAUUCAGGAAGUAUUGCGUCUGUACUCGCCUGUAUUUUUCCUAGCAAGAGAAGUCUUUGAAACUAUCACAUUGAAAAACGUUGUGAUACCAAAGGGAGUGGUUCUUCAGAUACCAAUACCCUUUCUACACCAGGACCCUGAUAUAUGGGGCCCUGAUGCGCAUAAGUUCAAUCCUGAAAGAUUUGCCAAUGGAGUUCUCAAGGCUUGCAACUCCCCACAGGCAUACAUGCCAUUUGGACUUGGUCCUCGAAUCUGUGUUGGUCAACACCUAGCAAUGACAGAGCUUAAGGUGAUUCUCUCUUUGAUUCUAUCGAAGUUUUCUUUUUCACUCUCACCAGCAUACCGACAUUCCCCUGCUUAUAAGCUCACAACGGGGCCUGAACAUGGUGUCAUUCUCCGUAUGCGGAGUUUGUGACUUCUUGAGGUUUGAGAAGCUCCAGUCCUCUUGUGUUAAAAGUUAGAUUAUUCAUAUAAAUGUCACCAAAUUGCAGUGAACACUAUGUUAGAUGUUGUUUACCUAUGACAGUGGUAUCCACAAAUAGUAAUAUUAGAGGCUGGGAUACCUACUGUCCCAGCUUUUCAUUAUCAGAUACAUGGUACAUAACAUCACAUUUUCUCAAUAGUAUAUUUAGGUUUAGAGUGAGCUUGUAGCCUUGGAUUUGGAUGUAAACGAAAUAAAAUGUUGUCACAACAGUUGAGAUCUUAAAGGUUUGGUAUAGUUUGUGUAACUAUAUAUAUUAUAUAUCUGCGAAACUGUUUUGCGUUGUAUUGAAGUUCAGAUGCAGAGAAUCACAUCAAUUAUUUACAGGAGUGUGACAAGUUCAACAACCUGUUUAGUAGUCAGUUCUUUAUUCUUGUGUC